AAAGUCUGGACAGCUGUUGCCUCAGCGAGAGGAUGCUGUAGAGGAGCAGAAAACACACCACAAGGUAUUUCAAAAACGUGAGAGCAGAUAGUCAAGAUGACGGCCAUCGAGAGCAAAGAGGAGAUCAGUGACACUGACAGUGGGAUUAUCUUGCACUCUGGUCCAGACAGCCCCACGUCCCCGGUGAAGGACCUGACCACUCACACCAGAGCCCUGAAGCUGAAGCACCAGUCUCUGGAGGAGCGUCUGGAGCUCUGCCUGUUGGAGCUGAGAAAGCUCUGUAUCAGAGAGGCAGAGCUGACUGGUACACUGCCCUCAGACUAUCCUCUGAUGCCUGAUGAGAAGCCACCUCGAGUCAGAAGGAGGAUUGGAGCCUCCUUUAAGCUGGACGAAGGGCUGAUCCAUUUGGAUAAACAGGAUUCAGAGUUGCAAGCUCUGGAAACUGAUUUGGCUCUUCAGCAGCAGAUUUACGAAGCGGCACGCAAACUCUCCCUGGAGGAGAACCUCAGUAAACCACAGAAGAAGAGCCGCCUCCAACAGUGCAAGAGGGAGGAGAAGAAAGUGAAGGAGCUGCAGGAGGCCGUGCUCCAGCAGAGGAUCAAGAGCAAGUGCAACUCACCGUGCACCAGCAUCUCAACCAGCCAAAACAAAGAUCUGUGCAUGUCUGAUGACAGCUCCCUGUCUGAUGUGGUGGCCCUGGAUGAUGAUGUGGACUCGCCCAGCCCCCUCUCUCCUCCAGUGCUGGGCACUUCCUUUUCAGACCCUCUCCAGCUGUCAGCAGCCAAAACUCUGCAGUCGCCCCAGCAGUCACCAAGCCAGCACAGUGUGGUGUAUGAGCGCUCUCCCAUCCAGAACUCUCCAUGGAAGGAGUCCAGUCUGGACCAGCCGUACCAGAAGCCCGCAAAACCUCAGUCUGCUUGCAGCAGCAGGUCCAGUAGUCCAGCAGGAACCCAGGUAUCUGUUGAGAGCACCAGGAUUCCUGUCUCUCAGUUUAUCAAGAACUCAGCCCUGCGUUACAACAACUCCACGAGCGCCCCCUCCACCCCAGAGCUGCAUGUUCGUCGUCAGUACUCCCAGUCCUUCAGACUUCCCAAAAAUAAGCCGUGUGCUGACAUGGAGCGCCUCAGCUCCGAGAACAGUCGAGGGCGAGCCAGGCUGCCCCAGCGGCGCUGCGUGGUUGACUUGAUGGUGCGUUCUCCAGAGUAUUCUCCUCUGCGUCCAUACCAGUCCAGCUCAGAGGACAGCAGUUCGGAGCACUCAUCCUCCUCCCACAUCAGCUCUCCUGGCAGGGACGGACCCACUGAGAUCCCAAAGCUCUGCCCACCGCCUUAUGGAUUCCACUUUGGAGCACAGAAAAAAGGACUCUCCAGCUACUCCAGCUCACACGAGAGCACCGGCCAGUCUCAGCCCAGCCCUGGCUACAUCAAGACGACAGCAGAAGAUGGCCCCCUCUCCCCGCAAGACCGGGACAUGGGGAAGUGCUUUGUGUCCUCCCCUCCUGUGGUACACAGCCCUCAGCAAAGACAGUGGCAUGAAGGAGCAUUGUCCCCGAGGAGAAUCCUAAAACCCCCUCCACCUUACACCAGGCUGGUGCGAACACCCUCGUUGAAGGAGUACCCGAACCACGGCAUUAGGCUGAUGCCCAGGGAGAUCGUGUCAGAGGAGCUGAAGUCAUGGCAUCAGAGGAAUCAGCGGCAGAAGCUGCGGCCAAGCUGCAUUGAUCAGCAGAGCUCCCUGAGUGUUAAAAGCCCCACUUCACCUCACAUGCCUCCAUUUAAUCAGGGUUCAGGUAAUUUGAUUCUUCAGAGAGCCGCAGACGGGACUCCAGUCCAGUGGUUCGUGGCUGAGGAUGCUGAAAUCGUGAGCCAGGUGUAGCCGAGACCUCUGCUCCUCUGCAGUAUGUUCAGUAGGAUGUGUGCUAUUCCUUUCUAUUUAUCUCUGUAUUUAUUAUCUGGACUCUCUGUGAGAUUGUAUGUUGACGCGAUGCAGAAAACAUGGACCUAUCUGUGCCCGGAUGAGCACAUUUCUCUGUCUUCUUUUAAUUUAAAACUUAAUGUAAGGUAGUAUGCCAGUUUUAUUUAUUUUAAAUUGUUUUCUAAUGGAUGAUAAUAAUAAAAAAAAAAACUGAGGUGAAUUGAAGUUCAUGUAAUUUCAUAAAUGUUUCAAAUGGAUCAUAAACUUGCUUUUGUUUUCAGGAACUGCUUUGUGGCUGGCACACAUAUUGCACAUAAAAUUCACCUACAGUAGUUUUCAAAUAAGUUCCCCCAUUCUUAAUAUAAUUUCAGUGUUACACAAUAUUUAUCUAUUAUUUAAAGUUCCCCUCUUUCAACAUAGAGACUUAUUACUAAAAUUUUGAUACGAUUUUGAAAAUCCAUUUUUUAUAUAUAUAUAAAUAUAGUUCUAAUUUAACAUCUGUCUAGCCCUGACAUGAAGUAAGCUGAAUUUUGAUGUUUGCUAUUAACCCUUAAUAAUUAAUCACUGAAGCCUUUAACGGUGGUUUGAUGAAUGUUUUCACUGCAUUAUGGUGUUUUGUUACUAACCAAGUGAUCAGUUUUGAUAUUUUUUGUAUAUUUAUAAUAAAAAAGAAAUGUGAC